GCAGCGAGUUUGCUCGGUGGAGAAUGAGGAUAAACUGCAGUAUCAUCCCGCGACGAAAAAGAUCCCCUGCAUGGAUCCCCAAACUCACGUUGCCGUUCCAAAACCUCCUGCUCCCAAUGGAAUCAAGCUGGAGAAAUUCGUGUUUGACGUUUUCGCGUUCGCCACCAAUUUCCGACUCUGGCAGGUGAAACGCGAAGAUGAAUUUAGCCCGGUGAAGAAUGCGGACGGGGCAUCCAAAGACACUCCGACGACUGCUCGAGAAAUGCUGUACGCUUUCGAUAAAUCUCUG